UCGAAGAUGACAAUUAUUACAGGAGAAUAAAGUUACUUUUGGGGUUGGUUGUUGGUUGGCUGGUUUUUUUGAGACACGCUUUCUCUGUGUAGCCCUGCCUGUCCUGGAACUUACUCUGUAGGCCAGGUUGUCGAGCUCAGUGAUCUGCCUGCCUCUGUCUCCCGAGCACUGUGACUAAGGGUGAGCACCACCACAUGCAGCCUAGCUAGGUGUUCUAAACAGAAUCAAUCCUGAAAUGUUUCUCCAGUCGCUAGACUUCAGAUACCUCUCUUGAUAGGUUUUUUUCUUGUAUGCAGUGUAACAAGGCUAAAGCUAUGUGUUUCUCCUUAUACUAUGGAAGUAUUUGUAUGUGAUCAUCAUAAAGUUUCAGUUCCCCUAUUGUGUGCCUGGAAGUUAUUAAUUAAAAAAAUAAAAGUCUGGCAAAGUAUCACAUGUUCCUUUUGUUUCUAUCUGAAUAGUGCAGAAGCAUUUUGAUGACUAUUCUUGUGUACUCACUGACUUUGGGGCUUUUUUUUUAUAGGAUUAAUUUUUAAUGUUUAUGUAAGACAGAAGAAAAGGAUGUCAUUCCGUAAAGUAACCAUCAUCAUCUGGGCCCUGGCCGUCAUUCUCUUCCUACUGGCUUUGCACCAUAACUUCCUCAGCUUGAGCAGUUUGUUAAGGAAUGACGUUUCAGAUUCAGGAAUUGUGGGGCUUCAGCCCAUAGACUUUACCGCAAAUUUUCAUCAACAUCCAGUAAAUGAGAGACAAGAAGAGAUUCCUGUGGUUAUUGCUGCCUCUGAAGAUAGGCUGGGUGGGACCAUUGCAGCCAUAAAUAGCAUUCAUCAAAACACUCGCUCUAAUGUAAUUUUUUACAUUGUUACAUUCAAUAGAACAGCGGACCAUCUCAGGUCCUGGCUUAACAGUGGUUCCCUGAAAAGCAUCAGGUACAAAAUUGUAAAUUUUGACACUAAACUUUUGGAAGGGAAAGUAAAGGAGGAUCCUGACCAGGGGGAGUCCAUGAAACCAUUAACUUUUGCAAGGUUCUACUUGCCAAUUCUGGUUCCCAGUGCAAAGAAGGCCAUUUACAUGGAUGACGAUGUAAUUGUACAAGGUGAUAUACUUGCCUUAUACAAUACCCCACUGAAGCCAGGACAUGCUGCUGCCUUUUCAGAGGACUGUGACUCAGCGUCUACUAAAGUCAUGAUCCGAGGAGCAGGGAACCAGUACAAUUACAUUGGUUAUCUUGACUAUAAAAAGGAAAGAAUUCGUAAGCUUUCCAUGAAAGCCAGCACCUGCUCCUUUAAUCCUGGAGUUUUUGUUGCCAACUUGACUGAGUGGAAAAGACAGAAUGUAACUAACCAGCUGGAAAAAUGGAUGAAGCUCAAUGUAGAAGAGGGACUGUACAGCAGAACCCUGGCUGGCAGCAUCACCACACCUCCUCUGCUUAUCGUAUUUUAUCAGCAGCAUUCCACCAUUGACCCUAUGUGGAAUGUCCGCCACCUUGGUUCCAGUGCUGGAAAACGGUAUUCACCCCAGUUUGUAAAGGCUGCCAAGUUACUUCACUGGAAUGGUCACUUCAAGCCUUGGGGAAGAGCUGCUUCAUAUGCUGACGUUUGGGAGAAAUGGUAUAUUCCAGACCCAACAGGCAAAUUUAGUUUAAUCCGAAGACAUAUGGAUACCUCAAACAUAAAGUGAACUACAAUCUAAGCUAAACAUGACACUCAGGAAAUCCUGGAAGACACACUAUGUGGGACGAUAACAGUUGUAGGGCUUGAGAGUCUUCUCUGUACCAACCACAGAAAACAUGUCAGCUGGGUAGAGAUCACAGAUCUCCAGAUGACUACCAAUGUCUCCAUCUGCCUUACCAAAUGUUUGCUUACUUACUAUACUGCUGACUGACCUGAAGGACAGAAUGAGGACACCAGCCUAAGUUCAUUAAGCUGCUGUAGGUAGGAACUGCUGUUUGGUUUUAGUUUUGUAACCUGUGGCCUGGUUUGUAAAUAAAAUAAAACUUUCCAAUAGA